UUUCUCUUGAGCCUCCUCUUGGCGACACCAACCAUGUUCAAAAGCAUCCUUCCUUCAAGGCGCAUCCCGUCCUCCGACUUUCAGAUGCUCACCUCGCCAAUAGACUCUACUGAAUCGGACGCUACCGGUAAAGAGAACUACUUCGCAAACGCUUACGACACCAACACGACCAACAACGCGAAACCUAAGGCCGACAAGCGAAAGAAGAUGAAGGGCAAGGCGCAGCCCGAAUCAGAGGCACCCCAGGACUUCGACAAACUGCUGGACGAACUUCAAAUUCCCUCGACUCUCCGGCCAAAGCUGGCUACCAUGGACCCUACGGUCAAGGCCGCCUUCUUGAAGUCGUCACACGUCCUCGCGCAGAUGAAGCCUGCGCCUACACCUUUCACGCCCCGUACUCUCCGACGCGCACAAAGUAGCGAAUCGGUACUCUCCUCACCUCGCCCCCAGAAGCCGACUCUUGAGGAGUACGAUCUUACGGAAUCGCCUAUCGCUCCUAUGGCCCUCGGUACUGGCCACUCUCGCGGCAAGUCUCUGGACAUACGCCGGCAAGCACUCGACCCGAGGCCAGCACCUGUUGCUCCGCUUAAGGUGUCGAAGGACAAGAAGAAAUCGGUUGCGACCACGCCGGAAAAAUAUGUCAAGAUCCUCUUGGCGGAGUCCAGCACGAGCAUGGACAUCGAGGUUGUGAAGAAGCUCCGCCUUCUGCUCCGGAACGAGUCCGCGAGUUGGACGGAGGCUUUCCUUCAGCAUGGUGGCUACGAUGCCAUCCUCACCCGACUAAACGAGAUCCUUGAUGUGGAGUGGCGAGAAGAGCAGCACGACGAUCAGAUGCUUUUCGAACUGUUGCGCUGCGUAAAGGCAUUGUCCACCUCGGCAGUCGGCUGCGCGGCUCUUCGGGCCCAGUGCCCAGCACCGUUCGACAAGCUUGUCAGGCUUCUCUACUCGGACAAGAAGCCCGGUGAUGUCCCAACAAGGCAGCUUAUCGUAGAGCUGCUGCUGAAUCUGUUCGACCUAUACCCCCCUUCCUCCCUCCCAUCAACAGGCAGCCCUGGAGCAGGGCUCGCACACUCUCGCUCACGGUCUAUUCCUUGGGAACUCUCGGCAACCGCCAUGAGUUCCACAAGCAAUCUGGUCGUGCUUCCACGUCCACACUCUACCCUCUUCUCCUUCAUCAAGGCUUUGCUACUCACGCCCGCGCCACCCCCUAGCGAAGCCCCCGCCACGCCCAUCCAGCCGCAUGAGUUCAUCGAGGAACUGCAUCGGCCACGCGUUUACAAGACUUACCUGCAGGAGCUUAGCGACCUCUGCAGAGACUACUUUUGGGUCUUUUGCCAUCCCAGCAAUGCGAUCUGGGAACUGAGCGAGACUGACGAGGCGAAGGUGGAGAAGCCUCGUGCGCCUGGCGGUAUGACAGGGGGCGUUGAGUUCGAGGCGAUGUGCUACAUGACGAUGCACUUCAAGUUCGUCAACGCCAUCGCGAGCCACGUCCGUGCACUCAACCUGCCGAAGGAGCACGAACACUCAGCAUACCGCUUCCACCAGGACAUGUUCCUGUCUGGGAUUGAGCGCAUCCUCUCGAUCGCGCGCAAGGCGUCGACCACCUAUUAUCCGACGCUUCACCUCGAGAUCGCGCGGUACGUCGCUUUCGCCGGGCUAUCCGGAAUCGACGUGCCCUGGUCGCUCUCGCGCAUGAUCGGCCAGCCCCCCACAGCGAUGCGCAAGCAGCCCGUCAUCCCCUCCGCACCCGUCAUCCCUCCCCGGACGCCACCCUCGCGGAGCAUGCCGACUACGCCGACAAAGCGUGGAGCACCCCCGGCGGGUUUCGCUGGAUACGCAGCGCCACAGCAGCUCGUAUACCCGUCAGGGCACGGCGGAGCGCCGAGCAGGACCUCGGUCGACCGCGAGCGCGAACGGGCCCAACCGCAGAGCAGGAAGGUCACUCCUAUGUUCAACUGAGGGUGGUGCGCUUCCCGAGGCGAUAGACUUUUGCGCACACGAAUGGACGACGGCGUGACAAUCUUCAAUAUAUGCGCAUGCUUCGUCUUUCUCAUAUGUUUCAUUCCGCUUUCGAUGUCCUGGAUUUGUUGUGUUCUAUUACUGCAGUUGCGUUGACGACGACGACGACGCGUGACGAUGCUAUGUGCUUGUACUUAUGUAUGUCUGAACGAAGUUCU